AUGAGACGUGAAGAACAAUCUUCACCUCAGCUACAGGAGAAGGAGAAAAUAAGCUUAGAAACCAUAGCUCUCCAAACAGAGCUUGAUAAAACAGAGGAGCCAAUAAAAACAGAGGAGAAGCUUUCCUCUGUUUCUACAAUAACUUCUCAAAAACCAAACUUGUUAGUGCAAAACUCUUUAGAAGACAACAAACUCUUCUCUAGCGGAUUUGGAGAGACGAGUUUCUCUGCAGCAGAGGCAGAUUCAGGUCAUAUAACAUACUCAGGACCAGUUGCAUUCUCUGGAAGCUUAUCAGUUCGUUCAGAUACAAGCACACCGAGUGGAAGAUCAUUUGCUUUCCCAGUGACCAGUUCAGAAUGGCCAAAGCGAACAAGAAAAGACAAAAAGGAUGGAGAGACAUUCUUCUCUGCUGUAGAUUCCUUAGAUCAAUUUGUUCCAAAGCUUUUCACUUUGAAGCACAGAGGAAGAAGGCUAGGGCUAUUCAUUUUCCACAUUUCAAUGGCCUUGGUCAAACGUAUCAGCGUUUUCAAGACCAUUGUCUCGCAAAGUUGUUACCAUUCCGUUUACCAAUGUUGA